AUGUGCAGCCCCGGGGCUUUGCCUUCGGGCCCCGAUGGACCAGACGUCCUGCCUUCCAGAAUGACUUCCGCGCAGAUACGCACGCUGGGGAUCACCAGGGCCUCAUACCAGCCCUUUCGCGAGUCCUUCUUCUUCGACCCACACGCCAACACAGCCCUAACGAAGGGCGGGAUGGUACCAGACCAACGCGUAUAUGCACGGGAAUCGCGACGGAUGUGGACAACUCACGGUCCCCACAUCGAUCUGCGACUGCCAAAGACAACAGUGAAGCCGGGAACCGCCUUCCGGAACGAGUGUCUUAGUGCCGACCAACUCUACAGCAAUAACCACAACUCGAUGGGCUAUGACGUUCAUCGUACGUUAAGCUCUCUAUGA